UCUUUAUCCAUGUUCUUUAGCUUAGAGUACCCAAUUACAAUGGAGAAGAUCAGGCCGCUAACCGGCAUUAGUGUGGCGCAGCUCCUCUUCCCGACCCUCGUCUUCGCCGACUCGUUAUCGUCCUGCCCCAUCUUACUCGGUUUCGCAGCCCAAAUACGUAGCCUCAUUGCCAUGCCUCUCUCACUCUUCCAACCACGCCCUAACAAAAAGCCUUCCCCACAGACAACUCUCUUGAGCAGAGAAGAUAUCAGAACAGUGAUGGAAAAAUUUGAGUUAUUUUGCAGCCAAGAGGGAGAGGAAGAAGAAGUUGGUGAGCUGAGUGCCUUGUUUGAGGAGAUUGAGCCAAGCUUGGAAGAGCUCAAAGAAACAUUCAAUGUGUUUGAUAAGAACAAAGAUGGGUUCAUUGAUGUUGAGGAAUUGCAGAGAGUGCUGCUUUUGAUUGGGUUAUGGGAUAAAGGGAAAUUAGGCAUUGAGGAAUGCACCCAAAUGAUUGCUACAUUUGAUCACAACAAAGAUGGCAAAAUUGAUUUCAUUGAGUUUGUAAAGUUAAUGGAAAUUGCCUUGUGCUGAAACUUAUCAUUUUUCUUUUGUUUCU